UCUUCUUCAUCCCUCUAGAGUCUAAACCUCCAUCAUCCAUCCAUGGCUUCUCCUUCUUCUUCUUAUUCUCCAACUACACCACUCCUCUUGAAAUCCCCAAGCUCUACAAGUGACUCAGACUAUGAAAAAACAACAACAACAACAACAACAACCAUCAUCAUCAUCAUUAUCAUCAUCAUCAUCAUCAUCCAUGCAAAGUGAUCAUCCCCAUGCAAAUCCACAAACCGGUGGCUAUCCUUUCCGGCCAUGUCGGUUCCAUCUCCUCCCUGGCCCUCUGCGGCGAGUUCCUCCUCAGCGCUUCCCAAUCCCACGACAUCAUUGUCUGGCAACACCCUGACCUCCGCCGCUUCGCCACCUUUGGCCACGGCCACGGCUCUGUCAAAUCACUCCUUGCCCUCUCCAACCACGUCUUCACUGCCCACCAAGACGGCCACAUCCGAGUCUGGAAACUCUCUCGCCGCUCCGAGAACCUCUUCCGUCUCCUCUCCACCUUGCCCACCACCAAAGAUUAUCUUGGCAACUUCUUGAAGCAGAGCAACUACGUCCAGACUCGUCGCCAUCACAAGAAGCUUUGGAUCCAACAUGCUGAUACCAUUUCUUGUCUUGCUGUUCACAAUGGUGUUAUCUACUCCGGUUCAUGGGAUAAAUCCAUUAAAGUUUGGAGACUCUCUGAUUUCAAGUGUCUGGAGUCGAUAAAAGCUCAUGAAGAUGCAAUCAAUGCUGUUGUUGCACAUAAAGGUUUGGUUUACUCUGCUUCAGCUGAUGGGAAGAUAAAGAUAUGGAGGAAGGAUGAGAAGAAGAGCUUGCAUUGUUUGAAAGGAGUGUUGGAGAGGAACAAAGAUGUGUCGUGGAACUCGGUGAUCGUCUGCGAAGAUGGGAGGAGAAGGUUUGUUUAUGGUGGAGGGUCAGACGGGAGUGUUGUAGGGUGGGAAGAGGGUGAGCAACAACAACAAAAGGAAGGAUGGAAUUUGGUAUGUGAUAUUAACAAGGCUCAUGAGAUGGCAGUGUUGUGCUUGUGUUCAGUGGGAGAGAUGGUGUGUAGUGGUUCAGCUGACAAGAGUGUUGGGUUGUGGAGGAGGGAAUGGGGUGGUGGGUUGGUGAAGGUUGGAGUUAUUAGAGGACAUGAAGGACCUGUCAAGUGUUUGCAAGCUUCAAGACUUGGUUUUGGAGGAAGUGGUGGUGGUGGAUUCAUGGUUUAUAGUGGAGGGCUUGAUAAGAGUUUGAGAGUUUGGUGGGUGUCAAUGGAGUCAAGUGAAGUGAAGAAGGACAAUGACAAGAAGAAGGAUUUGAGGAGUUUGUCAUACUGAGAGUUGAACUAGUUCUGUUUUGCAUUGUUUUGCUUCUCUGUUUUAGUCAUGGGAAGCAUUGCAUGGGUCUUUGAUUCGUAUAUUUAUAAUUAUACUUGAAAAACAAGAGAUUGUGAGAUAGGGAAAUGAAUUUGUGAUUAAAGAGAGGUUAUAUGUGUUUUUUUUUUCUUUUCAUAAUUGUUCAAUAUUUGUAUUUGUGACUUUCAAUGAUUUAUGUUAAGAGUGAU